AUGAGUUUCUCUGUUGCCAUUUUGCUUGUUUUGCUACCAAUCGGCACUUUUGCCGAUUGUUUUUCUGGAAAAGAUGUCGGUAAUUCGAAUUGUGGACAAAAUGGAGAGCGACAGUUCUUUUUCCAUAAACAAACGAGAACUUGUCAACCAUUUUAUUAUCAGGUAAAGUUACCGGUUAAAAAUUAAUUUUUCGAACAUCGAGAUGAUAAUUUGCUGGAUCUAGAUUUUUCAAGGAAAAUCAUUACCGUACAAUUUUUUUGGAUUUAUAUCGCCAAAAGUUAACCUGAACUUUUCCAAAAGAGAAAUCGAUUUUUUUAAAUUUCGAAUUAAAUUUGAAUUUAAAUUUCCUUAAAAAAUUCCGAUGACAUGUUGUAUUUUCGGCCUUUUUUCAGUUCAAAAUUAUUUUUUUAUGCAGAAUUUUUAUAAAUAAAUUCUCUACCCAAAAAUGUUUCAUUGUGAAUCAUUGAACAAGAAUUUCUUUUCAUUUCAUUAAAAAUUUUCAAAAUAACAAAACCCAUUGUUAACUUAUUUAAUUGAAAACCUUUCUUUUGAGAUACCGAUUUUUCCAGGGUUGCGACGGAAACGAUAAUCGAUAUCAAACCAAACAAGCAUGCGAAACAGCGUGCAAAAAUGCAACAGCACCAGGAGAACAAUCUUACUGUAGGUUACUGUAGCCCAUGUAUAGACAGUAUCUUGAUCUUUUCAGCUCUUUGCAAAAGUGGAGCAUAUCCAGCUGGAGCAACUUCUGGUUCUUUGAUUAAAGACUGCAAAAAAUGUCCACAUGGAUAUGAAUGUGAAAAAUCGCAGUGCUGUCCAACUAGAGGUUUGGAAAUUAUAAAUUUUAAAAAUUUCGGAAAUAAAAUUUAUCUCCAGAAUACACAUGUGCCCUUCAAUACGAUGCUGGAAAAUUCGGAAGCAGUGGAAGCCAUACGCCGAGAUACUUUUUCAAUAAGAGUUACAAAAACUGUAUGCUUUUCACAUUUUACGGGCGUGACGGAAAUCCAAACAAUUUUGCCACUUACAACGAAUGCAAAGAUUUCUGUAUGUAG